CUCGACUGGAUACAUAUAAUAAGCCUCCCUCCUGUUCUCUUUCACCUUCUACACACUAUUGUCCCAUCGCCGCCUCGCUCUCUCACUCUCUUUAUUCCAUUACUCUACUCGACACCACUCUCUACCCCCCAUUCCUCGCGGUCAUGUUGAAGACCCGCGCCCAGUCAGUCGUCAAGGCUUUCGCCAAAAAGAACGAGCCCGUUCUCGACGAGAAGGCCGGCAUGCCCGCUCCCACUCCCACCUCCGCCCCCCCGCCCGUCGCCGAGAUCCGCCCCGCCGUUGAGCCCACCGACGCCAAGGAGGACAAGAAGGAGCCCGAGACACUUGAGACCUCCGAGGGCACUGACGAGAAGCCCAAGUUCAACCUCCGUGCACUGUUCGCUCCCAAGAAGAAGCCCGCCGAGUCCCCCGCUGAGGCCGAGACCGCGCAGUCCGCCGACCCAUUCGCCGCCCAGACCAAGGACGCUGUCACCACUGAGGCUCAGGCUCAGCCCGCCGAGGCCUCAGCCGUUGCUGCCGCCGACACCCCUGUUGAGGCUGAUACUGCGACUGAGGCUGCCCCCGCCACCGAGGAAGGUGAGAAGAAGAAGGGUCUCGCCCGCAUCUUCAGCCUCAAGCGCAAGCGCGCAGUUGACUCAGCCGCCCCCUCCACCACCGAAGCCGAGCCCGCCACUGAGGUGUCCGCAUCUGAGGUCGCCGCCACCGAGACCACACCGGCCGCCGAGGCUGCUACCGAGACUUCCGCCCUUCAGCCCCCUUCCGAGGCCGAGUCCAAGCGUGCUUCGUGGAAGCGUCUCCGUCUUUCGCGCACCAUGUCCGGCACUCCCAAGGAAGACGAGGAGGUCAAGCUUGCCCGCACCCAGUCGCCCAUCAUUGAGGCCACCGCCGAAACUCUUGGUGCAGUCAAUGCUGAGCCCGUCGAAGAGAAGAAGGAGAAGAAGCUCUGGUCCUUUGGCCGCAAGGACGAAGUUGUCGCUGAGCCCGAGGCCGUCAAGCCUGCCGACGCCGCCGCUCCCGUUGAGACCUCCGAGAAGAAGGACGACGCUCCUGCUGUUCCCCCCAAGCCCACCGUCUGGAAGCGCUUCAUGUCCAUCUCAAAGAUCCCCGAGCCCGAGCAGAAGAAGGAGGAGGAUAAGAUCAACAAGCCAGAGGAGGCCACCCCCGCCCCCGAGGCUCCAGCCGUUACCCCCGCAACUGACCCUCCUGUUUCCGAGUCCCCUGCCGUUGCCGCAGAGUCCCAUCCCGCCACCGAGUCCCCCGCCGCCGAAAAGAAGGGAUUCUUCGUCAACUUCACCCGCAAGUCCCCCAAGGCCGAGGCGACUGACACUUCCGCUACCCCGCUCGCCCCUGAGGCCAAGGUCGAGGACGCUGAGGCUGCCGCACCUUCCUCUGCCGCCGCUCCCGAGACUGAGGCUCCUGAACAGAAAACCAGCGGUCUCUACCGCAUUUUCUCGGGCCGUCGCAAGAAUACCAAGGCUGAGCCCAGCGCGCCUUCCGUUCAAGCUGAGACCGUUCCUGCAGAGACCACCGAGGGGAAGGACGGGGCUAAGGAGGAUUGCACGUGCCCAACUCCCAAGGAGGAGGCGCCUGCGACUGAAUCGUCCAUCUCUGGUCUGCUCCGCUUCUUCUCUCCCCGUGAGUCCUCUCCUCGUGAGGCAGCCUCGGCCGCCGCCGUUCCUUCCGAGACCGCCCCGAAGGCGGAGGCCGACCCCGAGACGCCUGCUACCGCGCCUAUCGCCGAGGCAACUGCCGACACCGCUGUUGAGGUGCUGAAGGACGACACGAGGAAGGUUCCCUCAGAGGAGACGCCUAAGGUCUGGAAGCGGCUUCUCUCCGUUCGCAGAAAGCCAUCGGCGUCACCCGAGGCCGAAACUUCUGUACCCGCCGCCGCUGCCGCUGCGCCGGCACCGUUCACUGAGGCCGCUGUCACACCCGCGGAAGAGGUCAAGGACGAGAAGGCCGGUCUCGUCACCCGCCUUCGCGCACUCGUCCCCAACAAGGAGAAGGCUGCUGUUACCGAACCCCCUGUGACUGAAGCGUCGACGGAGACCGCUGAGAAGACUGAGAAGCCCAGCGUCGUUGCGCGAGUCGCCUCUGCGCUUUCCCUGACCCGUGCCAAGUCGCCGACGCCCGCUGAGACCGCCCCGGCUGCCGAGGAGGCCAAGCCCGAUGAGGCUGCGCCUUCCACCACCGCCAAAGCGGUGACGUUCGAGGAGCCCGCCACUGUUGAGACCGCUGCACCGGACGCCACGCCUGUUUCUGCGGCCGCCGCGCCCGCCGAUGCUCCCAAGGCGUAACCGCCGCGCUGUGCUUUGUCCGGCCCCACUGUAAAACCUCUCCGCCCAGUCGUUUGACACGAUUCCUCCGCUGACCAUGCCGACAUAGAGAUCCGUACCUCCUUCGCCCCCUAUACUCCCAUAAUCCUAUAGCGCCCUAAUGAAUGCAGUCGGAUCCUGUGGC